AGUUAAUACAAACUGGUAGUAAAAGCAUAAGCGACAUCUGCCUUUUUUCUGAAAAUUUUAAUUUCUUUCUUGUCAAAUCUUAAACUUUUGUGCAAAGUUAUAAAAUAUUAUUCUUUCUUAAACAAUAUUUUAAAGUUAGCUUUCUACAAAGCGGCUUAUCUUUGCUUAAUUUGCAUCAAAAGAAAUUAUUUCAAGCGGACGACUCUUGAGCGAUAAUAAGUGAAAUUGUAUCACGUGCUGAAAGUUCCAAUGGGAGACUUCAAAUGUCACCGUGUUAAAUUUUUUAAUUAUAAAGCUAAUGCUAUACAUGCUCUGGCGUUCGAUGGUUCAAUAAAUAAACUGGCUGUUGGUAGAUCAAAUGGAUGUAUUGAAAUUUGGGAUACCCGUCACUCCAGCUGGUUUCAAGAAAGAGUUGAGUUUCCUAAAACUUUUAACUUUAUCCCUCCAAAGUUAACAAAACAGGGAGGGGUCGUCGAAUAAAAUACUUUCCUUUUUUAUUUUAAAGGAAGGGGGUGGCCAAAUAAUUUAGCUGAAAUAUAUAUAGCUAAUGUUUUGCAGUACUACUGUCUGAACUCAGGAAAAUUAUUUAAUGUUUUUUAAAUAAGGAUUUUCUUUUACAAAGUUGUAUGCUUUUUUUGUAACUUUAACCAUUUCCAGGUGCUUCCGCCGCAUACAAAUCACACGAUUGAAACUCUAGUUUGGUGUAAAGGCAGAUUGUUCUCGGCAGGUUUAGAUGGCUUUGUGUUCGAACACGAUCUAAAUUCUAUAUGUUUUAAGGCAUAUAUUUUGUUUACAAAACUAGAAAACUGUUUUUUAUUGUAAUUUUUUUUAAGGCCUCGCAGUCAUCAAACAGUGGAGCAAUAUGGUGCUCAUGUACAGAUUCCGAAAACGUAAUUUUGGUUUUAAGAAUCUAUUAACUGACAGAUUAAUAAAUAAUGUCUUAAAAACCUUUCAGGCAGGUACGGAAGACGGUAGCGUAAUUCGAUUUAAUCUACAUCAACAUGGCUUCGAAUUCGAUGGUUUCGUCACACGUCAGACAUCACGAAUCUUAUCUUUAUCUUGGAUCCCUAAAACUAAUUUUGCUGUUGCCGGUGGUAUCGAUGUUCUGUAUUUGGUAGAUGCUCUGAAAAACCAAGUUAUACACAGAAUGGUACCAGCUAGGGAAAAUAAGAAUAAAGAAACAAUUGUUUGGGGCGUCACUGCCUUCAGGUUAAGUUUAACAUUAUUGAAUAUAAAGCUUGGAUAUGCAUCAGUUAAAAGAGCACUUAUUCCCUGCAAUCUGAUAUUAUUUCAAUGA